AUUGCAGCCAUGUUGGGUAUCUUUCAACCAAAGAGACUUCCGAUUAUUAAGAUACUACCAAUUAGUUUGGCAUUUUGUGGCUAUGUUGUGUUCAAUAAUAUUAGUAUUAGUAUCAUUUUAUCAGUAAUGAAAAUUGUUUGCACCCCAACAAUCAUUGGAAUUGAAUAUUUAUUCUAUAGAAGGACACAAGAGAGAAGAAUUCCCGUAUGUCUUGGAACAUUUGUUACAGUAUUCACAGACAUGGACAUGAAUUUAUAUGGAAGUUUUAUGGCCAUCCUUGCCGUGAUUUCCAAUUCCCUCUACACUAUCUAUGGCACAGAAAAACAGAAGGAAUUGAAUGCCAAUUCUCUUCAGGUAUUGCUCUAUCAAAGUCUAACCAGUGCAUUCAUUCUGAUGUUUACAAUUCCAUUCCUUAAUGAUGUUCAUGUGAUUUAUAAUUAUGAUUGGAGAGAUGGAAAUAAGCUCAUGUGGAUAUUUGCAAGUUGUGUAACUGCAUUCUUUGUCAAUUUCAGUUUCUUUUUGGUGGCUGGAAAGACGUGUCCACUCUCUGUUAAUGUGAUUGGAUAUUUCAAAACAUGUUUGGUAUUUGUGGGAGGUUUCUUGUUGUUUACCUCUUAUAUAUCAUUUAAGAAUUUGAUUGGCGUGAUUUUAACAUUGAUUGGUGUUGCAUGGUACACUCAUGAAAAGUAUGAGAUGGGUAGGAUGGAAGAAGAGACAAUUCUUCCAACCUCAAACAAACAAUAA